GCAGAGCCUCGACAAAGCAGCGGAGAAAUGAAGAAGAAAUAAAUCAGCGAUUACAGACGGCCAUGUUUAACAAUUCCAUGGGUGCAAAUUUGGGGCAAGCAGCGUCAGGCACUAAAGACUCUCCGGUGGCCUCACAACCUACCACUGGGCCCCGGGGUCAAAUGCCUUCGACAACUGACGACUCUCUCCAUCAGGAGGAUCAACAACACAACAGAGCUCAUCCGCUGUCAAACAUCCAAGAGCAACAGCAUCAGGCGGGUUUCAGUUUACUCUCUGCUAUUGCUGAGCAACCAGGUCAACCACAUUUCAUCAGUGGACAUCUUUUUAAUCAGAUACCACAGAGGUCACAACUCAUCACAGGGCCCCGGGGUCAAAUGCCUUCGACAACUGACGACUCUCUCCAUCAGGAGGAUCAACAACACAACAGAGCUCAUCCGCUGUCAAACAUCCAAGAGCAACAGCAUCAGGCGGGUUUCAGUUUACUCUCUGCUAUUGCUGAGCAACCAGGUCAACCACAUUUCAUCAGUGGACAUCUUUUUAAUCAGAUACCACAGAGGUCACAACUCAUCACAGAUAAUGAAGCUGUAAAUACAGCUCAUGAGCAUACAGAUACAGAUAAUGAGCAGAAGAAGAGAAGAGAAGACUGGCUAAGGAGACAAGAAAACCAGAUAAAGGAACAGAGAACACAGCUGAAGAAAGAGGAAGAUCAGCUAAAAGACAAUAAAGACCAGCUAAAUAAACGAGAUGACCAGGUAAAGAAACAGAGAACCCAGCUGAAAAGAGAGGAAGAUCAGCUGAAGAAAAGAGGAGAAGAGCUAAUGAAACAAGAAGAGCUGAUAGACAAAAAGAGCAGGCAACUGGAAAAAGAGCAAUAUCACCUGACAGGAAGAGAAAACCAGCUAAACAGACAAGUAGAGCAUUUAAAGAAACAAAGAAAGAAACUGAACAAUGAGAAUGAUCAGGUGAAAGACAGUGAAGACCAACUAAACAGACAAGUAGAGCAUUUAAAGGAACAGAGAAGGAAACUGAAGAACCAGAAUGAUCAGGUGAAAAACAGUGAAGACCAGCUAAAUAAAGAAGAAGAGCAGGUAAAGGAACAGAGAAGGAAACUGAAGAAUGAGAAUGAUCAGAAAAAAGACAGUGAAGACCUGCUAAAUAAACAAGAAGAGCAGAUAAAGGAACAGAGAACGAAACUGAAGAACCAGAAUGAUCAGGAAAAAGACAGUGAAGACCCACUAAAUAAACAAGAAGAGCAGAUAAAGGAACAGAGAAGGAAACUGAAGAACGAGAAUGAUCAGGAAAAAGACAGUGAAGACCUACUAAAUAAACAAGAAGAGCAGAUAAAGGAACAGAGAAGGAAACUGAAGAACGAGAAUGAUCAGGAAAAAGACAGUGAAGACCAGCUAAAUAAACAAGAAGAGCAGAUAAAGGAACAGAGAACGAAACUGAAGACCCAGAAUGAUCAGGAAAAAGACAGUGAAGACCCACUAAAUAAACAAGAAGAGCAGAUAAAGGAACAGAGAACGAAACUGAAGAACGAGAAUGAUCAGGAAAAAGACAGCGAAGACCAGCUAAAUAAACAAGAAGAGAAUAUAAAGGAAAAGAGGACACAGCUGAAUAAAGAGGAAAAGAAUGAGAAUGAUGAAGUGAAAGAUAGUGAAGACCAGCUAAACAGACAAGUAGAGCAUUUAAAGGAACAGAGAAGGAAACUGAAGAAUGAGAAUGAUCAGGUGAAAGACAGUGAAGACCAGCUAAAUAAACAAGAAGAGCAGAUAAAGGAACAGAGAACCAAACUGAAGAACCAGAAUGAUCAGGAAAAAGACAGUGAAGACCUGCUAAAUAAACAAGAAGAGCAGAUAAAGGAACAGAGAAGGAAACUGAAGAACGAGAAUGAUCAGGAAAAAGACAGUGAAGACCUACUAAAUAAACAAGAAGAGCAGAUAAAGGAACAGAGAAGGAAACUGAAGAACGAGAAUGAUCAGGAAAAAGACAGUGAAGACCAGCUAAAUAAACAAGAAGAGCAGAUAAAGGAACAGAGAACGAAACUGAAGACCCAGAAUGAUCAGGAAAAAGACAGUGAAGACCCACUAAAUAAACAAGAAGAGCAGAUAAAGGAACAGAGAACGAAACUGAAGAACGAGAAUGAUCAGGAAAAAGACAGCGAAGACCAGCUAAAUAAACAAGAAGAGAAUAUAAAGGAAAAGAGGACACAGCUGAAUAAAGAGGAAAAGAAUGAGAAUGAUGAAGUGAAAGAUAGUGAAGACCAGCUAAACAGACAAGUAGAGCAUUUAAAGGAACAGAGAAGGAAACUGAAGAAUGAGAAUGAUCAGGUGAAAGACAGUGAAGACCUGCUAAAUAAACAAGAAGAGCAGAUAAAGGAACAGAGAAGGAAACUGAAGAACCAGAAUGAUCAGGAAAAAGACAGUGAAGACCCACUAAAUAAACAAGAAGAGCAGAUAAAGGAACAGAGAAGGAAACUGAAGAACGAGAAUGAUCAGGAAAAAGACAGUGAAGACCUACUAAAUAAACAAGAAGAGCAGAUAAAGGAACAGAGAAGGAAACUGAAGAACGAGAAUGAUCAGGAAAAAGACAGUGAAGACCAGCUAAAUAAACAAGAAGAGCAGAUAAAGGAACAGAGAACGAAACUGAAGACCCAGAAUGAUCAGGAAAAAGACAGUGAAGACCCACUAAAUAAACAAGAAGAGCAGAUAAAGGAACAGAGAACGAAACUGAAGAACGAGAAUGAUCAGGAAAAAGACAGUGAAGACCAGCUAAAUAAACAAGAAGAGCAGAUAAAGGAACAGAGAAGGAAACUGAAGAACGAGAAUGAUCAGGUGAAAGACAGUGAAGACCUGCUAAAUAAACAAGAAGAGCAGAUAAAGGAACAGAGAACGAAGCUGAAGAACCAGAAUGAUCAGGAAAAAGACUGUGAAGACCUGCUAAAUAAACAAGAAGAGCAGAUAAAGGAACAGAGAACGAAACUGAAGAACCAGAAUGAUCAGGAAAAAGACAGCGAAGACCAGCUAAAUAAACAAGAAGAGAAUAUAAAGGAAAAGAGGACACAGCUGAAUAAAGAGGAAAAGAAUGAGAAUGAUGAAGUGAAAGAUAGUGAAGACCAGCUAAACAGACAAGUAGAGCAUUUAAAGGAACAGAGAAGGAAACUGAAGAAUGAGAAUGAUCAGGUGAAAGACAGUGAAGACCAGCUAAAUAAACAAGAAGAGCAGAUAAAGGAAAAGAGUACACAGCUGAAGGAAGAGAAAAAUCAGCUGAAAGACAAUGAAGACCCACUAAAUAAACAAGAAUGGCAGACAAAGGAACAGAGAAGGAAACUGAAAAAUGAGAAUGAUCAGGUGAAAGGAAGUGAAGACCCGCUAAAUAAACAAGAAGAGCAGAUAAAGGAAAAGAGUACACAGCUGAAUAAAGAGGAAAAUCAGCUGAAAGACAGUGAAAACCAGCUAAACAAAGAAGAAGAGCAGGUAAAGGAACAGAGAAGGAAACUGAAGAACCAGAAUGAUCAGGAAAAAGACAGUGAAGACCAGCUAAAUAAACAAGAAGAGCAGAUAAAGGAAAAGAGUACACAGCUGAAUAAAGAGGAGAAUCAGCUGAAAGACAGUGAAGACUGGCUAAAUAAACGAGAAGAGCAGAUAGAGGAACAGAGUAUGCAGAGUGAAAAUGGUCAGGUGAAGGGAACCAAAGACCAGAUGAGGAGAUAUGAAGAGGACAUCAAAAAAUGCAAAAGACAAUUAGAGAAAAAUCCAGAUCAGUUUAUACGAUGUGAAAACCAGCUGAUGAGAGAUGAGCAGAUAGAGAGAUUGAAGAGAAAGUUGGACGGAAUGGAAGACAAGCAAAGUAGAGAAAAAGAGCUGAUAAUGGAAUGGAAAAAAAAACUAGAGGUAAGGGAAGAGCAGCUAAAGAGGGAUGAAGAGCAGUUAGAAGAAUGGACAACACAGUUUAAGAAAGAAGAAGAUCAAGUAAAGGAAAAAGAAAAACAGCAAAGGAGAGAUGAAGAACAGAUACAUGAACGGAAAACAAAGUUUAAGAAAGAUGAAGAUCAACUAAAGGAAAAUGAAAACCAACUAAGGAGAGAUGAAGAAAAAAUAAAGGACCAAAGAAUGCAACAGAAUAAAGAAGAAGAUCAGCUGAAGGGAAGGGAAGACCAGCUAAAGAGAUGUGAAGAACAGAUAAAUGAAUGGAAAACACAGUUUAAGAAAGAAGAAGAUCAAAUAAAUGAAAGAGAAAACCAGCUAAAGACAGAUGAAGAAAAGAUAAACAAAUGGAAAAUGAACUUAAAGGAAGAACAAGAUAAAUUAAAGAAAAAGGAAGACCAGCUAAGGACAGAGCAAGAGCAGAUAAAAGAAAGUAAAAGACAUUUAAAGGGAGAACAGGAUCAGCUGAAGGAUGAGAAUGAGGAGCAGACAAGAAGGAUGGAGCAGCUAAAUGAACAGGAAAAGAGGCUGGAAGAAUUUAAUACAAAUCUCUGCAGGCAGCAGACUGAUUUAGGAAAAAGAUCACAGGAUCUAAAGAAAAGAGAGGAGAGGAGAGAGAUACAGUUAGAAACGAUAGAGAGACUGGAUAAUGAGAUCAACGCACAAACCAGAGUGAUUGAACACUUAACAAAGAUGAAACAAGAAAAGGAAGAGGAGAUGAAAAAGGAUGAAGAAAGUAAGAAAGAGCAGGCUUUACAGAUAGAGAGAAAUGAUGAGAAACUGAAAACACAGGAAGAGAAGCUACAGAAGCUUAAAACUGACAUACAGAAUAUGAAGAAACAGAAGCUGAGAGAGAAACAGUGGAUAGAGGAGGAGAACAAAACUUUAAAAAGACAAUGGACAGAAAUAGAGAAUGAGAAAGAGAAGAUUCAGAAACAAGAGAGAGUUAACAAAGAGGAGAUAAACAGACAGGAGAUACAAAAACUAAAAAAUGCAGAGAAGAUUAAAGUUCAGACAGCUCUGAUACAGAAGCUGAAGAUGGAGAUGAAUGAGCAUGAAGACACAUUACAAAGACAGAGAAACAUGAAACAAGUGAAUGAGAAAGAAAUAGAGCAGCAAACCACUCAGCUUCAGGAACAGAAAACCAAAAUAAAUACACAGAGAGAAGAGAUAGACAGACAGGAGACAGAAAAAUUGAAAAAUGUAGAAGGAACUAAAACUCAGACAGCUCUGUUAUUUAAGCUGAAGGAGGAGAUGAACGAGUGUGAAGACACAUUACAAAGACAGAAGAAUAUAAAACAGAUAAACGAGAGAGAAAUAGAGCAACAAACCACUCAGCUUCAGGAACAGAAGAUAAAUAUUGAUACACAGAAGGAGGAGAUAGACAGACAGGAGCAGGAAAAAUGGAAACAAGUAGAGGAGAUUAAAGUUCAGACAGCUCUGAUACAGAAGCUGAAGAUGGAGAUGAAUGAGCAUGAAGACACAUUACAAAGACAGAGAAACAUGAAACAAGUGAAUGAGAAAGAAAUAGAGCAGCAAACUUCUCAGCUUCAGGAACAGAAAAUCAAAAUAAAUACACAGAGAGAAGAGAUUGACAGACAGGAGACAGAAAAAUUGAAAAAUGUAGAAGGAACUAAAACUCAGACAGCUCUGUUAUUUAAGCUGAAGGAGGAGAUGAACAAGUGUGAAGACACCUUACAAAGACUAAAGAAUCUGAAAUGGGUAAACGAGAAAAAAAUAGAGCAACAAACCACUCAGCUUCAGGAACAGAAGAUAGAGAUUGAGGAGGAGAUAGACAGACAGGAGAGAGAAAUCCAAGCAAAUGCUAGAAUUAUAAAACAAGUAAGGAGGAAAAAACAGACACUGGAAAAACUGAUGCAGACUGAAGAGAAACAACAACAGUUAAAAACUGACAAGUUUCAGAAACAGGUCACUGAGCUGGAAAAACAAAAGAAACUUCUUGAACAAAGUGUGACUUUAAUGAGAUACAAAGAGAAGAGAAAAAGAGAAGAGCUUAGAGAAAAGCAGAGGGAAGAGCAGAGAGGCAUCAGAGAGAAAGAUGUCCAGAUUCUGCAGGACAUUUAUGACCAGCUGGACAGCAGAUGUUCCUCAUCAAGCUACAUGCAAGACUGUGACACAGAGGGAGUCUUAAGAGAUAAACUGAGAAACAUUGUUGAGAAGAUGAAGAUAGAGGAACAGACUGAUGAACUAGAUGCUUUACAGGAUGCUGCAAGCACCAAUAAAGACAAGGUGUUUGAAGAAAUUCUGUCACAAAGGACCUUCACUGAAAACAUGCAAGAUCCAGAUUCAGAUUUGCAGGACAUCAGAAAAUCAACUCUGAAAAGUCUUAUGGACACUCUACAGAGUCUCGGUCUUGACGAUUUCUAUCCUAACAAAAUGAACACUGAAUCCAUCCUGUCAAUUGGCAGCCCUAAGGAGAAACAAUCAGACAGUAAUGUGGCUUUUAGAUAUGUGCAAAAACUGCUGAUGAUGAACUAUAAAGUGAGAUUUAUUACAGAGGAAAAUGAGAACAAAGACUGUACCCUGUCCAUUAGAACAAGUGGACAAUGUGAUAGAAAAGAUGUCUGUGAUGUUGGUGUGUUUGUUGUGAUGAAUGAAGAUGGCAGUAACUAUGGGGCCAAAUUUGAAACUACUGUCAAGGGCAUCCUACCAUCAGUCAGCGAAGCGGAGGAAAUGUCACAUGAAUACGAUCAUCUUGAUGAAUUUCUCAGUGACAAGGAUGACUCUAAUAAUGCUAAAGGAAAGGAAAAUAUUCACCCAAUGGAUGUCCAGAUGGCAGUUUUCCACUGUGCAGAUAGUUUCCUCAAGCAGUAUAUGAUAAGUAAGCUCUCCUUCUGCCAGUAUGCUCUGCCACUGCUGGUGCCCAUUCCUACAUCUACAGAUAUUGCAUUCCAAAUUUGGUCAUUUCAGCAGACAAACAAAACCUGGAGAUCAAGUGAUGGCAUCAGCAAAACUAAGCCAGUCUGUCAGAUUAAAGCUCCAAUGGUGUUUUUCUGCAGGCUGGGCUCUGUUUCCACUUCCAAAUCCCAGCUGCUGAAUUCUGUGAUUAACCCAAAGCACGACACCUUCUUCCACAGAGACAGUCCAGGCAGCAGCAAGAAUCAUCUGUUCAUGGAGGGGUUGGUGGAGAUUGCCUGGUACUGUCCUGCAGGGAACAAUGAUGACCUUUUUAGUGAAUGCAUUACAUUCUGUAAUCUUCAUGGUGAUGCUGUAAAGAACAGAGCACAAACUGACUUUCUGAGUAAACGAGCAACAGUCAAUGUUGUCCUGAUGGAAAAUACUAAGUGCAAAGAAAGGAAAUUUUUAGAGGAACUUUACAAAUCUUCAAAGCCUCUUAUUUGUCUUAUCAGUGAUGAGCAGAAAGGUUCACAUAAGUUAUCCAACGGGCUUAAUGUCAAAAUUGGACUGAGAGGUAGAAAACAAAAUGAGUUUCAUAAAGAACUGAUUACUGUAAUUACAAAUUGUUUGAAGAAGUGUAAUUUCAGUCCGACUUUCAGUCUUGAGGAAAGCUCUGAGCUGGCAAAACAGCAUGGGUUCAGAGUUGAUGAAGACAGUGUGUAUUGCCAGGAAGGGAAGAUCAGAGCUCAGGAAGUUAUGAAGGAUCUGGAGGGUGAAGACAUCUCAAAAAUCAAGAACAAGUUACUGCCCUAUCAGGGGAAACUGUGGCAUGAUUGGUCCAUUAAGAAAAAACAAAUUCAUCGCACAUGUGGAGAAAUGGAACAUACUAUAAAUGUUACAUCAAAUGAAUUGAACAAAAUAAGGAUGAAGCAAUGUGGCAACGACCUCAAAUUCAUUCAAAAUGUUGUUAAAAAUCUGCUGUCAAAGAGUGCAGUGGAGGAGCGGUACUUUGUCCAGUGGGUUAAAAAUUUUAUUGAUGCCAGGUUUUCAGAGCAGGUUUCUCAAGUUCAUUUAAAAUACAACAGCAAAUGGCUUGAAGUGCAGAAGUUGAAAACUACACGAGGAAAGUCUGAAGAGCUGAAGGUCCUGCAGAAACAGCUAGAAGAAGUUUCAGAGGAGCUGGACACAGUGACAUUUGGUCUGGAGCACAUAUUCAGGGAAAUGGGUCAGAUUUAUGAGGCUUGGGCUGCAGUGCCUGAAGAAAUGAGGGCAGAUGUUUCUGCUUUCCCUGUUGUGGCUGCAGACCUCCUGAUCUCUGGACAUCCCCUGGAGCUGAUAGAUGGAGAUGCUGCUCAUGUCCCUCUGACCUGGAUAGAGUCUGUUCUGGACAAGGUCAUUGAGAGACUGGGAGACCAGAGAGUGUUUGUGCUGUCUGUUCUGGGUCUGCAGAGCUCAGGAAAGUCCACCAUGCUCAACACUAUGUUUGGGCUGCAAUUUGCUGUGAGAGCUGGCAGAUGCACAAGAGGAGCUUUCAUGCAGCUGAUCAGAGUGAAAGAAGAGGUUAAAGAACAGCUGAACUUUGACCACCUGCUUGUAGUCGACACAGAAGGACUUCAGUCUUUAGAGCUGGCUGGAAAAUCAACAUUCAGUCAUGACAAUGAACUGGCCACUUUCAUCAUUUGCCUUGCAAAUAUGACCCUGAUAAACAUUUUUGGAGAAAACCCUGCAGAAAUUCUGGGAAUUCUUCAGAUUGUUAUUCAGGCCAUCCUCAGAAUGAAAAAUGUCAACCUGAAUCCAAGCUGCAUGUUUGUCCAUCAGAAUAUUACAGACCUCACAUCUGAAGAAAAAAAUAUGGAUGGAAGGUGGCGAUUGCAGGAAAAAUUGAAUGAAAUAACACGUUCAGUUGCAAAAGAAGAAGGGAGCAAUGCCGAGUAUUUCACUGAUGUGAUCAAAUUCAACACUCAGACAGAUGUGUAUUACUUUGCCCAGCUGUGGGAGGGAAACCCGCCCAUGGCUCCCCCAAACCCACAAUACAGUGAAAACAUUGAACGCCUCAAACAGGCCAUUCUCAAAGCUGCAGCACACCAGAAAGCUCUAACACUUUCAGAGCUCAAAGUCUGGAUUAAAGACCUGUGGACUGUAGUUUGUAGUGAAGAUUUGUUGUUUACCUUUAAAAACAGCCUAGAGGUUGCAUUACACAGGGGGAGAAAUGCAUAUUUUCAAGCACUGAAAAUAGAAAACUGACAUGUAAAAGUCAUAAAUGUACAGGACUAUAUCACAACUGUUGGAACAAAAUCUGCAUCUGCAUUUUUUGUUUCAGUUUUUGACAUAGUUUGAAAAUGCAUCCUGACCUUUACAUUAUGUGUAAGCUUCAUGAUGAAUGGAUCAAAAGAGAUAACCCAAAAUAACCUGGAAAAAUUAUUUUCAUUCUUGUGUCAUACAAGAGGUACAAAGUUUUGUUCCAACAGCAGUGAUAUAUAGAGUACCAAGAUGAAAUAAUUUUAGGUUUUUACUGAGAAUAAAAUCUGAGCGCCUUCUUCAGUGAUGAAUGUAAGUUGAGUGAAAAACAUAAGACAAAUGGCUUUGUUAAUGAUAGACCAAGGCAAAAUAACAAAAUAUUAGAAUAAAGGAAAUCAAAGAAUGGAAAUUAAAUAUGUAUUAAAUACCUGGCCUUGUAAAGAGAAGGCAGUUGAUGGGGUGUUCAGAGGAAUUUGAGAGAUGUUAAGGCAAGGACAUAAAAGGUUCUGAUAAGAGUAGACAUACUUAUGAUUCAAACACCAUCACUCGGUUCAGCAUUCAUAUUUUGUAUGAGCUUUACAUGUUGGGAACAGGACAUUAUCAUUAGGAAUGUUUGAACACAUGAACCAAGCAAAAGGAGACUCAAAAUGCAUAAAUAAAGAAGACUAUGGCCAGAAGCACUGCCAGACAUUAUGUACACUACAACAAAGAUGCAGGACUUGUACCAUAUGACUGGCAGUCAUAUGGUGAGUGCUCCAGUGAUGGACAUCUGAGUAGUAAUGCUGGAACUAUUUCACGUUUAUACACAAAGUCCAAUUUGUAAGCAAACAGGUGUCAGAGGCCCGGAACCAGUAUAAACUGGGUCAUUAACUGAGCUUUAAUUUUGGUUAUACAAGUUUUUGAUAUAUCCAUGUUUGUUUGAGGGAAAUAAUAUCCAUAAUAGCUUCAACUUAAUAUAGCCAUAUAUAAUGCAUAAAUUACAGGGCAGUAGUGUGGAAAUUAUGAGUUACAUACAAUUUUCUAUAAAAACUAUAUUUUGCCCUUUAAGACUGGUCAUCAAAAUAAUAAUUUUACAGUGAUAGUUUUAAUGAAGAAAAUAUUGUAUCACAAAAAAAUAUUAACAGAAAAAUGUUUGCUGACGUAUUCAACCCCAGUGCUGUGGAAGCUUUUAGUAAUGUGGCAAGAAUAAAAUUAUACUCAGGAAAAAAAAAAUCAAAGUAUGUCUGGAGUUCGCCAUAAGGCAAAAAUAAAGCCUUUGGGCCAAAAAUUGUGUGAUGCAAACCAAAGUAACACAGGGAUGCUAAACAAAAAAGAUUAAUGUGCUACAAUGUCUAAAAUCUCAAUUAAAAUUGAGAUUCUGUGCCACUAUUGGAAAAAUACGGUUCACAAGCAUCACCCAAAUCUGCAUAAAGAAUGGGCUAAAAUCAUUCUAAAACAGUGUGCAACGCUGGUAGAAACUUACCCCAACAGACUUAAAUACUUAAAAGUAUGGCAACAAAAGAUGGGUCUACCAACUACUUGUCUUAAUGGGUUGAAUGCCAACAUCAUUUUUGUGCUUUCAUCUACACUUUGAAAACAUUCUUGAUCCUAAGAAGUGGUAUCUAUUGUGGUAUCUACAACAAAAUGGCCAUAGGCUUAAGAUGUUUUUAUAGCAGAGAAAUGGUAAUUGUAUUGUUAGGCAUGCUGUACCUAUAUUCACGAAACCUUAAAAAUACUCCCCCCCCCUGGUCUUAGGCAUGCAUAAAUAAGUAAGACUUAAGUAAUUAUUUGACUUGUUGAUUUGAUUUGUUUCCUAUAGUAGUCCAGAUAGCCAUGCCAUUCUUUUUUAGUGAAUGCCAACCUUACUUUUUAUGGUCUUUGAUCUUGAGCUACAUGCAUGGUAUUCUAAGAGAACCAACUCAAAUAAAAAAAAAGUUUUAAGAUAUACUUGUUUAUCAUUUUGAGUUUGUUAUUGAUCAGUUUAUUUAAUCAUUUUUAUCAUUGAUCAUUUCACAUUCUUAUAUUUAGAUAUUCAUGAAUCAAAAAUUUUGGGAGAUUCAACAUGCCCUUGAUAAGUUGUGUGGGUUUGUUACAAAAACUGAUAGUAUGCUAAUGCAUCUAAUGAGAAGGAAAGUUGGGUAACAACUGGAAAGUGUAAAUUAAGUUUUAAUAAAUUACCUUCUUCCAAAAAUGA